AUGGCAAACACCGGGGGGGAGUUUGUCGCCCAGGGUGUGUGCGGGUGGAGACAUCCGCAGCAGCUGCUGCUCGGGAAUCAUCCGCAGUCCUCUUUCCUCGUAGAGGGCAAUUUCGAUUACUACGCCCUGCUCAUCACGCCAGCGCCCGAGGAGAAUCCCUGGGAGAGCAUUGUGGUGACGACGACACCUACGGGUGGAGGGCAGCAGGACCUGUACGCCACCACUAACCGGUCUCGCGAGCCCGGGCCGGAAGACUACGACGUGAAAAGCAGCAACUGGGUCGGCUCGUCGACGCUGGUGUUUUCGGAAACGGCACCCGGCUUCUGCACCGACUGCACCAUCUACGUGGGCGUUUACGGCUACAAGAAGGGUGGCUACUCUAUCGUAGCGAGCCAGGGGCUGACUAGGCUGCAGGAGGGGUUCCCACAGCAAGGGCUCGUGGGAGGGGAAGACGAUUGGAAGUACUACGAGUUCUUCAACCCCCCCGGCCAUGGCAAGUCCAUUCAGGUGGUGGCAACGGCCCUAACCGGAGAUCCCGACAUCUACGUCACCGUAGGGGGCAGCGAUCUCCCGGGGCCGAACAACUUCUACUGGAUGGGGGGCGCCACGGGAGCCGAUUUCAUCAACAUCUCUGCGAGCGACCAGCACUUCUGCGACGACUGCGCCUACCAGAUAGGCUUGACCUCCGCCGCCAACGCCUCCUACACCGUCUCAGUGUACCGCGGCGAUGAGGGAGGCAAGGUCGCGGCCAACGGCAUGCGCUACUACCUUCUGAGGCCCGAGAGCGACACCACCAAGCUGACGGUCACGCUCACCAAGUCCACGGGGGAGGGAGACCUAUGGACGUCGAGAGGGCAAGCCGAGGACACCAUAGUCCUUGACGGUAAUGAAGGCACCGCGGAUCCCUAUCUGAUCGGAGUUUCCGGGGUGACCGAUGUUACAUUUUCGGUGGUCGGCACCUUCUCACAGGCCUGUGGACCGGUCGCAUGUUGGUUGUUUAUCGGAAAGUCCGGGGUGACCGAUGUCAUGUUUUCGGUCGCCGGCACCUUCUCGCAGGGCGUCUCUAUCCUGCAAGAGGGAGUUCCACAGAGGCAUACUCUCGAGGCAGGGAGUUCGAUGGCGUUCGGGUUCCUCGUAGACCAGGACAAUGUGGACCUGCAGCUGACCGUCACUCCCAUGCGCGGGGACCCCGCGCUGUACGCCGGCAUGGGCGCCACGCCGAGUUGCGCCGCGCCUGAGGAGGGCGGGGAGAGCGGGGGCGCUAAGGGGGGGGGCGAGGGCGCUGGCGUCUGCUCCGGCUGGACCUGGUCAUGUACGAGCGGGGGACGCCGCAAUAUCCCCAUCUCCCACUUACACCCGUGCGACGUACUUGACGAGCAACACCAGGGCGAUUCCGCUGAAGGUGGCGAUGAUGGCAACGACGCCAUCGACGACGCCGACGACGUCGACGACGGGGAGGGAGUGCCGACCUCCAACGUCGAGGUCUCGGACAAGUGCGCACCGUCCAGCUUCGGUGUGGGUAUGAUGUUCAUGACUGUCGUGGCCCAGGGAGGCAUGGACGCGAGCUUUUCUGUCAUGGCCUCCCUGGUCGGAAAGCAUGUGACCCUGGUGACGGGCGUGCCUCAGCACGCCGUAACGUCUCCCAUGGUGCCCUGCGGGGAGGCGAAGCAGACGGAACAGGGCCCGUGCUCGGCGGAGUACGAGACGUCGAGCGUGAUGCAGGAGGCCCUAUUCGUCUUCAAGGUGGGGGCGGGUUCGGUAGCGGCCACGACCGGGUUCUCGUUGAGCCUCGUACCGGAAUGCGCCCCGGGCUCAUGCGGCGGGCCAACCUGUGCCUCCGGCUGCCCCAGGAGGCCGGCGAAGGUGUACGUCAAGUCUUGUCCUGAGGACAAAUGCCUCCCCGAAGACAGGUUUCCUAGCCAGGGGAGCCGCGACAAAGAGUUCGAGGUGUCCUCGGCCGACGGCUCGGUUUUCAUUGCGGACGGACGGGGCUCCGCUGGUGACGGAGUGUUUUGCGUCCCCUCCAAGCACGGGGACUGCGUGUACUACAUCGCCGUGACCGCGGGGGGAGCAGACGAGCCGGCGAUGCAGCUAACAGCCACCGCCGACGUUCCCACGGGGGUUUCCUUGGUGGUUCCGUGUAUCGGAGACUCGAGUCUCCCGGACGGUAUGAUCGUGAAUCCCGCCAACCGCGUGCCGCUGUCGGGUAUGAAGCUGUACGAGCUCUGCUCCAAGGGAGAGGUGGACUUUCAGGUGUCCGUCGAGUCUUGCAGAGGCGAAGUGGAGCUCUUCGUAUGCGACGACACGUGUCCAGGUCUCUACCCCUCCAAGAAGCCCGGCGAACGCAUGGUGUAUACGUACAUGUCCGAUGGCAAGAUGGUCUGCACGAAACACCAGCAGGAUACGCAGUGCCAUACACCAUCCGGUAGUGAUCGCAACAAAGAGGUCUCCGUCACGGUGGAGGCGGGACAUCCGGAGGAAGGGACGAUAACGACGCGGUCGUCGACGUACUUCGUGGGCGUGGGCAUGCGCCCGGGGCAAAGGGCAGAGGACCAGGAGCACCUGCUGAGGGUUAAGGUCAUGGGAGAGGAAGGGGUGCCAGUAUCUCCGUCCCUGUCUGCGAAGUUCCUGCCGUCUGGGUCGGACGCGUCGCGUGCCGUGGUCGGCGGGAGAGAGGCUACGGUGGAGUGGGGAGGAGCAACCCUGCACACGCCCAAGUUGAGCGGACGUCACCCACAUGAGGCGGAGGACCGCGACUGCGGAAUUUACUGUUCGUACGAGGUGUACGCCGUGCCGACAAGGCUGAAAGGCGAGUUCCCUCACACGGCUUGCGGACUGGAGUCUCUCAGCAACCGCUUGAAGAUGGAUGUCGUGUACAAGUUCGUCGGAAACGCCAAGAAUCCCGGGGAGGUGACGCAGACGACGCUGCAAGGCCUGCGUGACGAGGAGCACUAUGUUUUCGUGGUGGCCACUUGCGACUUCGUGUGCCUCGAGGCCCUGCUUCGCAUGCAGUGCAGCCGAUCGCUUGGCUCGGUCCACUCUCCCUGCAAGCCUCAGAACGUUGUGUUCCCUGCGGCACACCUCAUAGCAUCAAAGUCGGAUCUCACCCCCACCACCACAGGGGACACUGGCAGCGGCGGCGGUAGCAGCAGCCGCUCGGAAACCACGCGGUCUCCGGUUUUCUUGAUGGUAGCGCUGCUUGCCGUCGUCGGCGGGGUCUUGUACGCGCUCAACCGCCAACCCGCCGGCAGGGGUAGCAGCACUAGCUACGCACCGGCACAGAGCGGUGGUAUCAGGUGGCUAGGCGGCUGGGGCGCGAGUAGUGGGGGUGGGCGUGCGGCGGGGUUCGAGCUCACCGAUCUGCAAAGACGGGGUCGAGGGGACAACGGCCUUGGAGAAUUCUUGAUCGGGGAUGGGAGGGGAAGAGGUGACGCGGAAUCGGGCCCGGCGUACGCCAGCCUCCUGCCCGGACAGGGCCGGUGAAGCUGGGGGAGGGGUGAGCGUUGAAGGAGUUUCGUUUGUCUCUCCUCCCAUCUGUGUUUGCGCGUCCACCCUCCGUCGAUCGGUGUGUCUCAAGCGGCAGCAAUCUCGUACGCAGGGCGCACGUGUGUAUAGUUAACCUCACCCUCUCAUUUUGAUCUGUGCUGCGGAGGGGUGUGCCGCCAUUUGUCGAUAUGUGUCGGAGCUGUGUUUUUUCGCCCGUCCUCCUCAGGGACGGUGCUGUACUCUAAACGAAUGGGAACCGCGCCAAGAACAGCCUCGCUUCCCGUGAAGACGGUUUGGUACAUAUCCUGGACUUGAACAGUGUAGUGCACGUUUAGGAAUAUACAUGUUGAACAUGGAUGGACGAGGGGAGAUGUACGAACACGGAUCGUGCGGCCGGCCUUAAGAAAAUUCGCUUAUGAUUGAUACGAGGUGCACCGGAAGGCUUGUUUGCGUUUCUUCUCGUGUGUACGGGCUCGAGCUGGGAUGUUGAACUCCGAGUCUCGGAAGGCGACAGCGGAAGCCGCUUACUCCGUCUGCAGGUUAAGUAGUACAGCACCACAGACAGUACUGGGGAGCAGCAUUGCAUCAUCUCCUGUUCUUGAACAGGCACGCCCGGCCUGCCGGUCCACUUUUUUCUUCCCCCUCGCGGAGAAGGCUUCAAAGAACGAACGCACUGAGAAAUGCAUACCGCCAUGGUACCCAAACGUCUUGAAUUGGAUAUUGCGGUUGGACCUAUCCUCCGCCAGGAGAGUUUUGCCCUUGUGUCCGGCGAGGGGAGCUCCUGAAAAUGAUCCCUGGGGGAAGAGAUUUCACGGGUCAUGCUGUCGCUGGAAGAAAAACAAUUUAGCGGUUGAUGCGUGCGGCGGUCGCGAGGAUUGUAUUCUGGGGAUGACGGCUAAGUUUGUCGUCGGUAAACGCAAAACAGUCGUUUAUUUUGUGUGGAAGGUUGUUUGUUGUUUGUAAAACUACCAUGUCAAGAAUUUUCAUCGUUCUUGGAAACCGGGGUCACGAAGAAUAGAUCUCGCAUUCUCCCUUCUAGCCACUUGUGGAGGAGAGCGCGUGGUUUGUCGUAGACGUGGGUCGUUGCGCCGGUGAGCACGAGAGGGGACUACGGAGCACGUGGCCACGCCGAAAGAUGGAGGCCCUAGCAAACAUAGGGGGCCACAAUGUAUAUCUGCCGGCCCACUCAUACCUUUUCUUUCGAAGGUGGGGAUUCCGAAAAGGUCACGAGAGUUUCUUUGGCUUUUGGUUGGUUUCUGUUAUUUUGGUGAUGUGAUGAUGUAGUUGAAUGAUCGAGUACAACUUUGGGUCUUGAUCAUUCCAGACCCCUGCGAGCAGUAGCAGUUGUCGCAUUUCCACGGCUGGAUACAGCUGACUUGCGAGUAGAGAGAAACAGUGUUGAGGGGAGACAGGCGCGAGAAGUGCGUUUCUAACACUGACUCCUACGCCC